AUGGCAUCAAACAGCCUGUUCAGUUCAGUGACACCAUGUCAGCAAAACUUCUUUUGGGAUCCCAGCACCAGCCGGAGGUUCAGCCCCCCCUCCAGCAGCCUGCAGCCCGGCAAGAUGAGCGAGGUCAGUCCGGUGGUGGUAGCCCAGCAGCAGCAGCAGCAGCAGCAGCAACAGGACGCGGCGGCCGCCGUGCCCCGGCUGCGCCCCCACGAUAACCGCACCAUGGUGGAGAUCAUCGCUGACCACCCCGCCGAGCUGGUCCGCACCGACAGCCCCAACUUCCUCUGCUCCGUCCUGCCCUCGCACUGGCGCUGCAACAAGACCCUCCCGGUGGCGUUCAAGGUGGUGGCCUUAGGAGAAGUGCCUGAUGGGACAGUGGUGACUGUCAUGGCUGGAAACGAUGAGAACUACUCUGCAGAGCUACGAAACGCUUCUGCUGUGAUGAAGAACCAGGUGGCCAGAUUUAAUGACUUACGAUUUGUGGGCAGAAGUGGAAGAGGGAAGAGCUUUACUUUGACAAUAACUGUCCUGACAAAUCCCCCCCAAGUCGCUACAUACCACAGAGCUAUAAAGGUUACAGUGGAUGGGCCAAGAGAGCCAAGAAGGCACAGACAGAAGCUUGAUGACUCUAAACCUAGUUUGUUCUCUGAACGCCUCAGUGAUUUAGGGCGCAUUCCUCAUCCCAGUAUGAGAGUAGGGGUCCCGACCCAGAGCCCACGGCCCUCUCUGAACUCUGCACCAAGUCCUUUUAAUCCACAAGGACAGAGUCAGAUUACAGACCCCAGACAGGCGCAGUCAUCCCCGCCAUGGUCCUAUGACCAGUCUUACCCAUCCUACCUGAGCCAGAUGACUUCACCGUCCAUUCACUCCACAACUCCCCUGUCCUCCACUCGAGGCACGGGACUUCCAGCCAUUACCGAUGUGCCCAGACGCCUCUCAGGUGCUUCAGAGCUGGGCCCAUUUUCAGAUCCCAGGCAGUUCACAAGCAUUUCAUCCCUCACUGAGAGCCGCUUCUCCAACCCACGAAUGCACUAUCCAGCCACCUUUACCUAUACACCGCCAGUCACCUCAGGCAUGUCACUGGGUAUGUCCGCAACCACUCACUACCACACCUACCUACCACCACCCUACCCCGGCUCUUCCCAAAACCAAAGUGGACCUUUCCAGACCAGCAGCACUCCAUAUCUCUACUAUGGCACUUCGUCAGGAUCAUACCAGUUCCCCAUGGUGCCGGGAGGGGACCGCUCCCCUUCCAGGAUGCUCCCGCCGUGCACCACCACGUCCAACGGCAGCACACUGCUAAACCCUAACUUGCCCACCCAGAGUGACGGGGUGGAGGCGGAUGGCAGCCACAGCAGCUCCCCAACCGUCUUGAAUUCUAGUGGCAGGAUGGAUGAGUCCGUUUGGAGGCCGUACUGAGAUUUCUUCUGUAGCCAGCCCGACCUCCGCAAGCCAAAAAAAAACCAAAAAAACAAAAAAACAAACCCAAAAAAACAAACAAAAAAAAACCAAAACAAAAACACCAAACCACCACCAAAUGGUCGACUAACUAUGAAGUGCCUGUUUUUUGUUUUAUUUUUUUUAAACAGAUUUUACCAAUAUGUGCAACUGUGUAGAUGGGAUGAUAAUGGCCAUAAAUAAUACAAGAGUUACCAACACACCACAACCCAUGUUUCAGAUUACGUGAAUCAAAGCACAUAUUUGCUUUUUUUUUCCCCCUUGGAACCAUUUUACCUUGUUUUAUAUUUAAAAUGUACUUUCUACACACACACACACAAAGAAAUUCAGCCCCUCCUUUUUUUUCUUUUUUUCUUUUUUUUCUUUUUUUUUUUGGAAUUGUUUCCUUCUUUUUUUAUCCCCCUAGAGUUUUAUAAUAACUAGUGAGUACUUUUGCCAACAAGGAGAGAAUGGACUCCCCGACUAUCAGGAGAAACAUGGUGAUGCAAAGCAAAGGCUGCAUUCCCUUUUAUUUUAAUAAAAAACCAAAACUAACCAUGAACUCCAGAUACAGUUGCAAUCAUACAACGUAUGGGACCCUCUCCACACCUGUAGUGCAAUUCACCUGGUUUGUAUUGGUGCACAUAAAAAGCAAAGAGCAAGUUGCUUCCAUUUUGCUAUGACCCAUUCAGAUGAAAAGAGCUGUCCCAAAAAACUCUGUCUGAGCCUUGCUGGGAAUAAUGGUUGGAUUUUCUCUGUGUUCUUUUUUUUGGUUUGUUUUUGGGUACUUAAAGAGAAUGAGUUUUCAAGUUAGGUGAGCCAACCCUGGGGUUUCCUUUUUGCUUUGUAUCCAUUAGUUUUGCCUUCAGUUAGCCAAAAACCAAAAAUAACAACCAAAACCUUGAAAAACAAAAAAAAAAAACAAAAUGUUAUUACUUAUGCAAAAUAUGAGAAUGGCAAUAUAUAUUACUAGAGCCAAAAUGGUAUACAUAGUAUUUGUGUUCGGCUAUGUUCUUUUUUUAUUUUUUUUAAAUUAUAAAUGUGUAAAAUUUGAGGUUGUUUGCUAACAUGAAUCAUCAUUUAAGUUUAAAAGAAUAUUUAUAAUUAUUUAAUGACAUUUGGACCCUUUAAACGUUUCUUAAUGUAAUGAUAUGUUGACUUCGGUCUCUAAAAGUGUUUUUUGUUGGGUUUUUUUUUUUUUUUUUUUACAUUUCUGCAAUAGUGUAAACCUCAGACUUUUACCCAACUCUGAAAAGCAGUUCCAGUGUGAACCAGUUUACAAUGUCCUUAAAAACAACAAACCCAACCUAAAUGCAUCUACAUCAAAUGAUUUUGGAUGUAGGAUCUUUUUUUAUAUAACUUAUGAAGGAAAUAUUGUGUUUAAAAUAUUUUUAUUAGCUGUCUGGUUGCCUUCAACACAGUCUUGCCU